AGCUUCAAGGUAAUUUGGAGAAAAUUGUUAAAGAAAGAGUGGUUGUUGAAGGUGAAGAAGUUUAUUGACUCUGUUCACUUCUUGACUAGAACUUAUUACGGCGGCGAUAAAUUAUAAGACCCAUUUACAAACGCAUGGAUUAGGUCAAUUUCCCCUCUUUGACUCUCCCAUCCGCACCCAUACAUCGGGUAAACUCAAGUGUUUCCAGUACCAUCAUGGCUUCAUUCACGAAGCAAGGAAAACGAAAGGAUAUAGAAGACGACUCAAUUUCCUUCGAGACCUCAAAGAGACAUAGGGGGAACAAUCUUGAUGCGCGAGAGGCUUCUCCAAGAGCUCGAGACGAGCAGGACGACCGCCGAAAAUACCACGAUCGAAGCGAGUUUGAUAGUAAAACUCGCAAGCAACCCAGCAACCCCCGAAUACAUGAUCCAAACCCAUACACCAAAGCACAGUCGCAGCGAGAUGAUCGCGCCUAUACUGCGGGACGCGCCGCAGUGAAACCAUUUCGUUCCCGUGAUGUAGACCUCCCCUCCGCAGGCGAACUUAAGAACAAAAUUCGCGACAUUAAGCGCCUCUUAAAGCGUGCCGAUCAUCUUCCGGCCGACGUCAAGAUAGAGAAGGAGAGGGCACUGGUGGGGUAUGAAAGGGAUUUGGAAAUUGUUGAAUCUCGAAAGAAUCGGGCGGCAAUGAUUAAGAGAUAUCAUUUUGUGAGGUUUUUGGAACGAAAAGCAGCAACCCGACGACUGAACAAACUCCUCAGACGGAAAAAGACACUCACAGAAUCAGACCCAACUCCAAAUAAAGAGGAACUAGAUUCCCUCGAGGAACAGAUAUACCUCACCCAAGUCGACCUCAACUACGCUAUAUACUCUCCCCUGACCGAGAAAUACAUAUCCUUGUACCCGAACCAGCGGCGCGAUAAACAGGCUCCCGAACUGGAGCCAGAGCCGGAGGACUCAGAUAUCAUCCGCAACAGUUCGGGCGAGAAGCCGCCGCUGUGGCACGCGGUCGAGCAGAGUAUGAAGGACGGCACGCUCGAGCUUCUGCGGGAUGGGAAGCUUGGGAUUGGCAUUUCUGGGCAGAAGAAGACGACGGCGAAUAGCGGGCCGUUAGCAGUGCUGUCGGGACGGAAGGAUGGGGAUGAGAGCGUUGAUGGAUUGUCGCUGGCUGUGGAGGCGGGUGGCAAGAAGCAUGGGAAGAAGAAGAGGGAAAAGGAGAACGAGAACGAGAAGCGGGGUGAUGUGAAGAAGGGGAAGUUGGGAAGUUCAGGAUCGAGAAUGGAGGAUGUGGAUAUGAAUGGCCGGAAGAAUAAUAAUGAUGAUGUUAAUCAUGAUGAUGAUGACGAUGACAGCGACGGCGGAUUCUUCGAGGAAUAGCAUGUUAUUCAUAAAGAACUAUACGCAGGACCUAAAAAAAUAAAAAUAAAAAUCCCUAAACGGUUCUCCUGCGCCAUGUCAAACGCUCCCUCAUCUCAAUUUUAGGCCGUUGCCUUGAUCCAUUAUCUAUAUUCAGCGUAUGAAAAUCAAACUUCCCAUGGCGGAAUCAUUCUAUAUAGGUACCUCCACGACCACUGAGGUGUAUCCCGCUUUUAGUUUUAUAGAGGACCUAAUCAAUUCCUCCGUUCGUGGAUCAUACAGCACAUAUCAUAUACCCCAUAUUUCUUAAGGUAGUGUGUCCCAUAGCUAGAUUAGUGUAAUGGUACUUUCCGUACAAGGGGUCAGGAGAGUGGUUGGAUCAAGUACGUAGGUAUGUAACGUACGUUAUAAGACCAAGAGACGGAGAAAUAGGAAAGAAAAAAGCUUUCGUUUCAAAGAAGAGAGAAAGCUAACUUACCAGUUUAAAACAAAGACUAACAAGAUGAAGGGGACAUACACAAUAUCAGAAAGGAAAUGGAAAUUGAAGAAUAGAUCUUUCAAACAAACAA